CCUCCGUGCCGGGUCCGUCAAACGGUAUUCCUUUCGACACUCUAAACUUUGUCAGUUAUCGACCGGUCCGAAGGCUGGUGCGAGGUCGUUUCAGUUGGCGAAAGAAUCAAAAGCUGGACGAGGCCACGGUUCUGGAUUCAUCCGUGAUCUCGUUGCGCCAUGACUAGGGAUGUGCUUCGAAAACUAAAUUAUGAACUUGACUAUGACAUCUAUGAUGAAUAUGACGAUGGUAAUGAUAUAGAAGGAAAGCUACUCCUUUUAGACAAACCAACUAGCAAGCCUGGGCUUUGGCGUUGCUCCAUUUGUACAAAUGAUAAUGAUCAAAGCCUAUUGUCCUGUGACACUUGUGGAGUUUUUUGGGAUUCCACUGCCAUUUUUGACAAUAAUAGUGGAGAAACAGCUUACAGCAAGUCCGGAAAUUCCAGAGCUUCCAUAAUGGCAAGGUCUCUGUUUGCUCUAUCACCUCAUCAGAUGCGCAAACCGGCUAUCAUCCCUGAUAUUUUUCUUGCCAAAGAAGCCGCUAAAUCUUGUGAGAAAGGAUGCAUUGAAGCACGUUUUAGUGAUCUCCAGAAAACAUUUACAUCUCCACAUCGCAAGCACUUGAUUAAUAUAGCCCCUUUCAAAUUUGAUACACCAUCACCAGAUGAUAUGGUCUCUGCUGGCAAGAAUGCUGCAAGAAAUUUCCCAAAAGUACCAUUAGGAUCUACAAAGGCUUCAUCCAACAUCACUGGGAAGAAGGAGAUAGUCAAUCUUUUACCAGAUAAUGAAGUAUCAAACAGUUCAUCAGCCUCAUCAUCUAAAGACAAUCAUAUUGACGCGAGUGAGAGUAGCAAUUCCAUAGAUUAUGAAGAUGCACCACAAAUCAUUGCUGAUGAUCUGCACCGAUUGAAAUUGGAUAAGAAAUCCAAAGAUAGUAGAAGUAAAAAGGCUAAUAAAAAUGCCCAGUACAAGCCAGAAAAAUGGAUGUUAUCUGACCAAGAAGAAGGAAUAAUAAGUCAAUUAAAUCUUGCAAUUGUUGGUCAUGUUGAUUCUGGGAAAUCCACAUUAUGCGGAAGAUUACUUCAGCUUUUGGGGCGAAUAUCCAAGAAACAAAUGCAUAAAUAUGAGAAGGAGGCUAAGGAAAAGGGAAAAGGAUCCUUUGCUUAUGCAUGGGCAAUGGAUGAGAGUGCUGAGGAGAGGGAAAGGGGUAUUACAAUGACAGUGGCUGUCGCCUAUUUUGACUCAAAAAUAUUUCGUGUUGUUUUACUUGAUUCCCCAGGCCACAAAGAUUUUGUCCCAAAUAUGAUAUCCGGUGCUACACAAGCAGAUGCUGCUGUUCUUGUUGUUGAUGCUUCUGUUGGUUCCUUUGAGGCAGGUAUGGGUGGUCAUAGUGUUGGACAGACAAAAGAGCAUGCACAACUCAUUCGGAGCUUUGGUGUUGAGCAAAUUAUUGUUGCUGUUAAUAAGAUGGAUUUAGUAGAGUUCUCCAAGGAACGGUUUGAUUUCAUAAAACUGCAACUUGGCCUUUUCCUACGUUCUUGUGGAUUCAAGGAAUCAUCUGUGUCAUGGAUCCCUCUGAGUGCCAUGGUAAAUCAAAAUUUGGUAACGGCUGCUUCAGAUGUUCGCUUGUCUUCUUGGUAUCAAGGAUGUUGUCUGUUGGAUGCCAUAGAUUCUUUAAAGCCUUCACAUCGGGAUGUUUCAAAGCCACUUCUUCUGCCUAUAUGUGAUGUUGUUGCAUCACAUUCUUUGGGGCAAGUGGCGGUUUGUGGUAAAUUGGAGUUCGGAGCUCUUCGAGCUAGUUCAAAGGUUCUAGUUAUGCCUUCAGGAGAUAUAGCUACAGUACGAACUAUUGAGCGAGAUCAUUGUUCUUGCAGUAUAGCAAAAGCUGGAGAUAAUGUGGCUGUCAGUUUGCAAGGCAUUGAUGCAGGCCAUGUGAUGCCUGGUGGGGUGCUGUGCCACCCAGAUUUCCCUGCGACUGUUUCAUCUAGUUUAGAGCUGAAGGUUCUUGUUCUGGACAUUGUGACACCAAUUUUGGUUGGCUCACAGGUGGAGAUUCACAUACAUCAUGCCAAGGAGGCUGCAAGGGUCACGAAAAUCUUGUCUUUAUUAGACCAGAAAACUGGCAAGGUCUCUAGAAAUGCACCGCGGAUCCUCACAGCUAGACAAAGUGCUAUAAUAGAGGUGGCACUGGAUGGAGCAGUUUGUGUGGAAGAAUUCUCGGUCUGUCGUGCUCUUGGAAGGGCAUUUCUAAGAGCCUCAGGUAGUACCAUUGCUGUGGGCAUUGUGACUCGUGUCCUCGAGCUGGAGUCUUAGGUCUUUGACAAGUACCUUGGAAUGAAGUUGGCAUGACUUGAUGCAGCCCCUGAGACUAUGGACACAUACAUAUAUCAUUCUAGACCGGAUAUAGAGCUGUGUGAAGAUAGCAGCUAGUGGUACUGCAGUUUCAUCCAUUUCAUUUAGAAGGCUUCUACCCGCUCGCUGCUCCAUUCACCUGUCCUACAUGGCAAUCACGAGAGGUAGAGGGGACCUGGGUGCGAUCUGGCCAUCCUGUGAGUGCCCCUUCAGCACUCAAUAUGAAGCAGUGAGCGUCCGCAUUUUUCUUCUUUUAAUUAAAUUAUCUGCUUCUUCUACUUGAUGUUUGAGAGAGAGAGAGAGAGAGAGGUGGGAAAGCAACGGAAGCAUGCAAAGGCUCCAGCUGUUUUUUUGUUGUACAUUGUGUGCAUGUAUACCAUUGUAUCAUGUGUAUGCUUUAUCUAGAAACGGUGAUUGUUGCUUGCCCUGUAUUUUUCUGUUCAGGGGUUGGCAACAUUGUUUUGUUAAUGUAUUCUUCCGUGUACCAGAAUGAUGCUA